AUGGCUUCAUUGUCAACAACUGAAAACAACUCCACUACUACACUUCCAAUGUUCACAGGAAGUGCAACUGAAACAUUUCCUACAACAGAUGUAUCCACACAGAUAACUCAUAUAUCCUCUAGUGAAGGUACAAAUUCACCAUCAACUACAGAGUCAGCUACAACUUUAACAUCUCUUACCAAUAUAAUUUCUGAUUCGGCAGUGACUAUCACUACAAACACUAACGAAUACACAUCAAUAGACAUAACUGAACAAUCCAGUGGAACUUCAGAAGUGUCAAGAAAGACAAGUCAACAGACCCUAGUAUCUUCUUCCACACUUUUAACAGUUCCUUCAUUUCCAACAACAGAAUUUGGAACUACAACUGUAGUGACACCAACAACAGAAAGCACAAUCCGAACAAGUUCCAUAGUGUCUACAACAGGGGAAUCAGCACAUCCCACUGUUUCCUUCUCAACUGAAGAUGUCCAUUCAGUAGCACCCACCUACUCAACAUCAGUGCCCUCAAAACCUCAUCCAUCAGUCAGUUCUGAAACUACAGAAGCAAGCUCAACAGAGUACACAUCAAGUAAAAUAACGGGACAGUCUUCUGAAUCUUCAGCAGCACCAGAACAAACAACGCAGCGAUCAUCAGCAUUUCCAACCACAAAUGACCACAUGGCUUCAUUAGUGACAACAGCCACAGAUAGCACAAUCCAAACAAGUCCCAUAGUGUCUACAACAGAAGAAUCUGCACAUCCCACUGUAUUCUCCUCAACUGAAGAAGUCCAUUCAACACUAUCCACCUUCUCAACAUCCAUGCCCUUAACAAGUUAUGCAUCAGUCAGUUCUGAAACUACAGAAACAACCUCAACAGAGUUCACAUCAAGUAAAAUAACUGGACAGUCUUCUGAAACUUCACUAGCACCCGACCAAACAAGCCAGCAAUCAUCAGCAUUUCCAACCACAGAUGAAACCAUGGCUUCAUUGUCAACAACUGAAAACAACUCCACUACUACACUUCCAAUGUUCACAGGAAGUGCAACUGAAACAUUUCCUACAACAGAUGUAUCUACACAGAUAACUCAUAUAUCCUCUAGUGAAGGUGCAAAUUCACCCUCAACUACAGAGUCAGCAACAACUUUAACAUCUCUUACCAAUAUAAUUUCUGAUUCGGCAGUGACUACCACUACAAGCACUAACGAAUACACAUCAAUAGACAUAACUGAACAAUCCAGUGGAACUUCAGAAGUUGACUACCACUACAAGCACUAA